AUGUUGAUAGGGUUGUGCGGAGGCAUCUGUGCUGGCAAACAUGCCAUUGCGGAAUAUUUGAUCCAGCAUCAAAAUUUCCAGCUAUUGAAAUUAAACGACAACAACUACCCACGGGUAGCCGAUGAGCCUGAUGAUGAUCUACGGCUACAAGCUUCUGAAAUCAGACGUGUCCAAUCCCCCGAGUUCGUUUUUGAAAAUAUCGACUCACUCAUAGAAUUUGUGACAAAAAGAUGGCGCGAACGUUGGGUUACAACGGACAUUUGGGAUGCUAACACUUCCGAUCGUCUACUCCAGCGGCCCUUCUUUCUUCUUGUAAGCGUUGAUGCGCCAGUUAGUCUUCGAUGGAAGAGGUUCUCUGAUAGAUGCUGGAGAAGACAACUUGACCCCCCGGACCUUGAGAAAUUUGUACUCUGGAAUGAUCGACAUCUAUACGAUAGAGACGUUGGACGCGCCUAUUUGACUGAUAGAGCCCAUGUCAGAUUGUUUAAUUCAUCAUCUUCUUUGCAGGAAUUGCAUACUUCACUGGAUUCCCUCAACCUAGCUGAUGAGCAGCGGUUACGACCGAAUUGGGAUCAAUAUUUCAUGCAGCUGGCAUCUCUCGCUGCGCAGAGGAGCAAUUGCAUGAAACGAAGAGUGGGCUGUGUUCUCGUCCGGGAACACCGCGUUAUCAGUACUGGGUACAAUGGGACCCCACGACAUCUCAGGAACUGCAACGAAGGCGGAUGCUCGAGAUGCAACAGGGGCGAAGGAGGAGGCGUUGGAUUGUCGACUUGCCUAUGCAUUCAUGCAGAAGAAAAUGCGUUAUUAGAGGCUGGAAGGGAGCGCAUACGAGAAGGCGCUAUUCUUUACUGCAAUACGUGUCCUUGCUUGACAUGCACCGUCAAGAUUGCACAGGUUGGAAUUUCCGAGGUUGUAUACUCACAAAGCUAUAAUAUGGACCGAGAUAGUGCUGCCAUUUUGGAAGCAGCCGGCGUGCGUCUUAGGCAAUUUUUUCCUCCUUUUAAUGGUCUCAUCUACCUUUGA